AUGUACUUCAAUAGAUAUUUCGAUGAUGACCAUGGCAGACUAGAUAUCGAAACCUAUGAACAGCUAACUGAAAUGCCAGACAUCGACAACUUUGAUUAUGAGAAAGAGAGGGAGGGCCAGAGAGCUGGCGAAGUUAGGGACGAGUUCGAAUCAAAUUAUGGCGAUGACAAAAUCGUUGGUGGCGUUGAAGUGGACAUAAACCUUUAUCCUUACCAUGUCGCAUAUGGGACGAAUUGUGGAGGCGCUAUAAUUGAUAAGAGAUAUGUUUUAACGGCCGGACAUUGUGGCAAGAAGCCUUAUGUACGAGUAGGGUCAAAGUACAUUAAUCAAGGUAAGAAAGUGAGCGUCAAAAAAACCUACGUCCAUCCUUUCUGGACGAUGAAAAAGAAGGAGCAUCCAUUUGAUUAUGACUUUCAAAUAUUAGAACUGAGUGAAUCUCUGAAAUUUGAUGAAAAUAUUCAGCCAAUUAAACUGGCCAAUAUUGAAGAUAUGGUCAUUGGAAAGGUUGUCACCGUCACUGGAUGGGGGAAUACUGAUGAAAAUGGUCAAUAUUCAAACGUGCUGAGAGCUGUCAGAGUUCCAAUAAUAUCAAAAGAGCAUUGCCAAAACGUUCCGUUCCCAUAUUUUAGAGGCAGCCUAACGUCUAGGAUGUUUUGUGCUGGAUAUUCAGAAGGAAAGAAGGAUGCCUGCCAGGGUGACUCCGGAGGUCCAGCAGUUGCCCAUGACCGCCUCUUGGGGAUGGUCUCCUUCGGCUACGGAUGCGCCACUCCAGGUUCUUAUGGAGUUUACAGCAAAGUAGCCAAAGUUCGAGGUUGGGUUGAAGAGACUACUGGCAUCAAGUUCGACUGA